GCCUUUACUUCGACCACUUAGUACUCACUUAGCCAGCCACCUGUACACUAUACAGUACAAUAAAACUUGUACAAUAAAACUUCUCUUAUUUUCACUCUUCAAAUAAAACCGAAUUUUUAUUUUAUUCAGUAUCAAUCGGAAAGAUAAUAGUGCUUUAUGACGAUUGGAUUUCUCAUUGGUAGCAACAAUUAUGAUAGUGCAAUUUUUUGGAUAUAAAAUCUACGAUGAUAACGCGCCGAUUCACCGACCAGGAAAUUCACAAGUUUUGAAAAGAGAAAUUAGAUAAGGUUUAAUCUGACUCAAAAAUGGAAACUGUUGACGAUUUGGCUCUUUAUUUCUACAUCGCAUGUGGAAUUUCCGCCUUCGGAUUUUUAUUGCUCUUCCUCCUAGUAAUCAUACUAUUUGUGAAAGUGAAGCGACUUUCAGUUGAGGAGUCAAAUCAACUGAGCAGGCAGGCCAAUAUGAUGGCAGAUUUUUGUUACACAAAUCCGACAAUUGUCCCAGGAGAGGAAUUAUCUCGGCGUGGAUUUUCAAUGUACAAUGGGAAUGAGCACUUCAGUGAAGAUUUUGCUUCGAAAAGCAAAUAUACCGGUGGAAUUUACCAACUCGAAAGUCGAUCGAAAUUCUAGGGAAUUUUGAGUUAAGUAGGUAAUUAAUUAAUAACAAAAAUGAUCGAAUUAUUCAGAUUUUGAUUUAAAAACGAUGAACAAUUAAGAGAUUAUCGACUGGCUCGACUCUUAAAAAAAUAAGAGAUACUUACAUUUUUCUUCUCUCAUAAAAUCAUGAAUACAUUGAUAUUGUUGAUCAAUUUAUUUAAAUUAUUCAAGUAUCCACAUAGAGAUUACCAGAGAUUAUCUUACGAUCUUCAUAGUAGAGUUAGAAUUUUCUUCACAAGAUGCCACUAAUUUGCAGAAUUUGAUUCAUUUAUAAAUAAUUUAUAAAUAAUUUGUAUACUAAAUUGUUUUGUAAAGUACUUGAUUUUAAUUAUUAUAAAUUGGACCGUUUUGGGAGAACUUUUUUUAUUCAGAGCUAUCUUUUCAAGUUGAAUGAAAAGACUUAUUUAAUUAUUAUUAUUAUAAAAUUUAUUAGUUAACUUAUUCCUAACCAAUGAUAAUUUCACGAUUAGAUGCAUUACCCUGAAUUAUUGUAUUAGAUCCGCCCGAAAAUUUUGUUAGGUACAAUUUUUUAUCCGAUGAAUUGUUAAUACCCUGAAUGAACCAAAGAUAAUAUAUUUUCUAAUUGUGAAUUAUUAAGUAUUAUAUGUAAGAGAUUUUAACGAUGUUAUCAAU